UUCCAUUUAUUGAUGUUAUAAACUGGGACGAUUUGUGUCUAUAUUUUUUAAAUUCCAAGUCUGUCAAUGGGGCUGGAUGCGGUAGCCUCUCAAACCAAUCAAAACGGAAGUGUUUCCCUGCGUCUACAAAGACGAUGUUAGAUAUCAGGAUAGUUACGUUUACAAACACCUGCGCCCGGCAGACCGAAAAAUAACAAAAGUCUACAGUUCGGUUCCCUAACCAACAGAAGACACCCUCGUGGUAGCUAAAUAUGCGGAACGUGAAGCUUUGUCCCUCUGGUUACAGACUAUUGUAUUAGGCUAGCACUGACAAGCCUAAAGGAAGGCGGAAGUGGGCUGGGGGGACUGCUCUCGCUUCGUGUCCCCACUCUCCGCUCUCUGACUGUCAUUAUGGUGGUGCUGAAAGGAGUCCCCGCUGUUUUGUCACCUGAACUGCUGUAUGCUCUCGCUAAAAUGGGUCACGGCGAUGAACUGGUUCUUGCUGAUGCAAAUUUUCCUGCAUCCUCCAUUUGUGCUUGUGGUCCAAAAGAGAUAAGAGCUGAUGGUUUGGGAAUCCCACAGCUUUUGGAGGCCAUUUUGAAGCUGCUGCCUCUGGAUACAUAUGUCCCCUCUCCGGCUGCAGUAAUGGACCUGGUGGACAGUGAUAAACAGAGAUGUUUGGCUGUCCCUGUGUGGGACACCUACACACAGCUCCUGGGCCAGGCUGGGUCCCAGACUCCUCUGGAGAAGGUGGAAAGGUUUUCUUUCUAUGAACGAGCCAAGAACGCCUACGCUGUUGUGGCAACAGGGUGAGGGGUUUCUUUCUGCCCUCAUUUGAAGAUCAUAUCUGAGUGUUUCAUUCUGUCAGCCAA